CUGUGGGUGUAUGCUGGGGUAUUUUUAAUCUCGCUCUUUUAGGCUAUCUGCCCCUGAGUGGAUGAUUGAGCAGCAAUCCCUUCCCUGCAAAUCCAUCCCCGUGCUUGGGAUCCGCCCGCCUCUGCCUGAGCUGCACCGAUCCGCCAGGGACAGGAGGCUUUCAAAGGGGAGACAAUGAGCGCUGCGCCCGGCAACGAGAGCUCCCGACCGGCUGCCCCAGUACCGAGCGGAGCCGAGGGAAACCUUCGGACGGGAGAGAACGAUUCCCUGUUCAUCAGGAACAGCUCCUUCAGGAGGAACUCUCAGACCUCGACAGCGAGUCUCAGCCGAGAGAUCGGUGCCGCUUCCAACAUCAAAGCCCGUCCAGCCUUCAUCAUCACUUCGGGAGAAUUCCUGCAGCACAGCUCAGACUGUACCAGCAGCCCGGGGCCACCUUCAACCACCAGGACCCUCUUCUAUAAGGGCCUCUGCCUUCUGCUGCUGCUGUGUCAGGGGGGGCUCCUGGAUUUCUACCUGAUUAUUUUUACCGACCUGUACUGGUGCUCUUGGAUCGCCACCGACCUGGUGGUGAUGGCGGGCUGGCUCAUCUUCUUCAUCAAACACUCGAGGCGGAGAGGGGCCGGGGAGAAGGCGGCCCCCGGGGCAGCCGACAGCGGCCAGUUCGCUUUCGCCUACCUGGCCUGGCUCAUUUAUGUCAUCGCCUGCACGCCCAAAAUAGUCCUGAUCCUGGAGACCUCCAUCCUCGACCUGAUUGAGCUGAAGGUUCCCCUGGGCACCACUGGCUUUAAGAUCGUGGUCAUGUCGUCCGUGCCCUUGCUCUACACACUCAUAAACUCGGUCACUGAAGAGCUGAGCUGCCAGAGCAGUCACCGAGCGCAGAAUUACUAUAGCAGGACAUGCCUGGAUCUCCUGGACAGUUUCACCCUCAUGGAACUGAUGCUGUCCGGCCACAUUCCCAGUGUUUACCUCAAGUAUACGGUCACCACCGUUUACUUCGUAGCGUUUUUCAUUCCGGUCCUCUGGCUCUAUGAACUCAACUCAUUGCAGCUACAUUACAAGUGUGUCGUGUUCCGUUUCCUGUCCGGUUCCGCGGUCAAUGGCCCUCUCUUGGUGGUCAGGUGCUUUCUUGUCUUUCUUUAUGACCAACAGGUCUCGGUGUUCCUGUUGAAGAAUGUCUUUUGGUUGUGUUGUGAUUGUGCCGAGGUGCUGGAGAGAUGUUGCAGUGUGAGACGUGUCCGCAAGUAUUCGAGCCCUCCCGUGCAGUUUACACAUUGCAUCUCAGAGAAUGAAAUGUGUGCACAUGGAUAUGUGAAUACCCUGGCAGUGACAGCCCAGACAUAGCAGCAGCUGGCCUUUCAAUCCAACUUGUAGGAUUUAUUGUUACAUUUUAAUUUUAGUGAACUCUUUUGUAUCGUUAAUUGAGGAUGCUUUUUGAAUGUUUGUUUAUCAAUUCGUAUUGGUGCUAGUAUUCGAUUUCUGCACAGCGAGUUGGAUAUGAGAAAAUUAUUUUCUGGAUCAGCUGUGCAUCCUGUCAGGCUGAACCCAUUCCCUUGAUUUACGCUUGCAAACUAAUUGGUUUCGUGAAUUGCCUGCCUCAGUUAUUCACUUUCAAGGCUGAAGUAUGUGGUUUAUGUCAAGUGGACAUAAUCAUUAUAAUAAAUGUGGGAGGUAACUUUAGAAGUGCAUCCCUUCCCGGCUUUAAUUUUAACCAGCCCCCACUGGGCCUCUGUCGUUAACCUGAUCGCGAUACUCAAAGGAAACCUAACGUUCACCACGGUGUAACUUUAAUUUUGAAGCCCUGGAAGUAAGAGAUAUACUUCGAUUUUGUCAAGUUCCUGCUUUGUCUGAAUUCAGUUUAGACAUUGUAAAUGCAAUUGUCAGCAUAAUAUAGUAAAUAAGUAGGACUCUGGAACAAACCAGGAAUUACAGGGGUAAUGAGAAAUAAGUUCCAUAUGAGAAAUUCAACUUUAAUUGUGUUCAUUUUGUAACUUAUCAACCGAAUCAAAAAUGAUAACGGGAAAUCAUAGCACAAAUCAUGUACAUGAUGAGACCCUUAGAAUACAGAAUAAGGUUAACCAAGAGGGUCCAAUGGGUGCAUUUGAGACAUUUACACCAAUGUCAACUAUAUUGUAAUACAAAGGGAAAGUUGCACAAACAGACAUAUGUCAACAAUUACUCGUUUAUGGAACUGGUUACGAAAUAUUGAAGCAUGUUUGCAACAGGGUCGACUGUGGAAUAUUUACAUGGAAAACCUUUUUUAGAAAAAGCUUACCAAAAUGGAAUUGCUUCAACUUCACAGCGUUACACGAGAUCAAGAUAGCAAGCUGGCUUUGGCCCAAUUUGAGGACGGAACCAACAAGAGGGAAAAAUCAACUUGACCUUGUCCUCCCGAAUCUAAGUGUUGCAGAUGCAUCAGUCCAUGACAAAAUUGGCAUGAGUGACC